AUGGCAGAAACCAAGAAGCCCGGGCUCAGAGCCUCUCUCUGGCUGGUCCAUUUACUGUUCCUCAUCUGUGGCGCGCACGCAGCCUCCUUCCAGAGGAACCAACUGCUCCGCAAAGAGCCCGACCUGCGCUUGGAAAGUGGCCCCAAGCUCCCGAAUCCUGAGAUGAUCAGGGCUUUGGAGUACAUAGAGAAACUCCGGCAACAAGCUCACCGGGAAGAAAGCAGCCCCGACUACAGCUCCUACCAAGGCAUCGCGGUUCCUGGGGAGGAAGGCCGUGCGCCCCAGGGCUCCAGGGACGCGCUGAGCGAGGACGAGUGGCUGCGGGUCAUCCUGGAGGCCCUGCGGCAGGCGGACACCGACCCCCAGGCGGCUGUCAAAGACCACCAGGCCUAUGCCUUGGGUGUGGAGAAGAACUUCCCAGCGGACCUGACGGAGGACUACGAGGCCGCCCAGCCGUGGGCCGAGAGGAAGCUCACGCAGCACCUGCGCUUCCCCGUGAUGUACGAGGAGGUGUCCCGGGACAACCCCUUCAAACGCACCAACGAGAUCGUGGAGGAGCAGUACACGCCCCAGAGCCUCGCCACGCUCGAGUCUGUCUUCCAAGAGCUGGGGAAGCUGACCGGGCCCGGUGGCACCCAGAAGCGUGAACGCGCCGAGGACGAGCCGAAAGCCUACGCGGGCGACGAAGACGACCUCUACAAGGCCGGCAACAUCGCCUACGAGGACGUGGUGGGCGGGGAGGACUGGAGCCCCAUGGAGGAGAAGAGCGAGGGCCAGGCGCAGGACGAGGCCAGGGACGCCCUAGAGAACACCGACAAGAAGGAGCAGCCCCACGAAGACGCCGCGAAGCGCGCGGGGCAGCUGGGCCUCCCCGAGGAAGAGCCGCUGUCCGGGGACGCCUCCAAGCUCGUGGCCUACCUGAAGAGGUUGGUGAGCGCCGCGGCGAGUGGCCGAUCACAGGCUGGGCAAGCGGGGGACAGGGCCGCCAGGCUUCUGCAGAAGCCCCUGGAUGCGCAGUCCAUUUAUCAGUUGAUCGAAAUCUCCAGGAAUUUACAGAUCCCCCCCGAAGACUUGAUUGAGAUGCUCAAAACUGGAGAGAAGCCCGUGGGAUUGGGGGAACCCGAACAAGAGCUGGACCUUCCUGGGGACCUCGAUGACGUCUCAGAUGCGGACUUAGACCAUCCGGACCUCUUCCCAAGUAAGAUGCUUUCCAAGAGUGGGUACCCCAAAACACCUAGCCGUGCCGGGGCAGAGGCCUUACCCGACGGGCUCAGUGUUGAGGAUGUGUUAAAUCUGCUCGAGAUGGAGAGCAAUGCGGCAAAUCAAAAGCCACCGUACUCCCCCAAUCAGUACAGCCGAGAUAAAGGUCUGGCGAGGGUCAACUAUGGUCCUGGAAAAUCUCGAGCCAACCAGCUUUCCAAAGCUGCCUGGAUGCCCGAUGUUGAAAACCAACAAGAACUCUAUGAUAAUCUCAAUGACAAGGACCAAGAGUUAGGAGAGUACUUGGCCAGGAUGUUGGUGAAGUACCCCGAGAUCAUGAAUUCCAACCCGGUGAAGCGAGGCCCCACUCCUGACUCUUCCGAAGAUGACCUUCUGGAUGAGGACCAGAUCGAGCAGGCCAUCAAAGAGCACCUGGGCCAAGGCAGCUCCCAGGAGACUGACAAGGUGAGCAAGAGGUUCCCAGUGGGCUCCCUGAAGAAUGAUGACACCCCGAACAAACAGUACUUGGACGAAGAUCUGCUCAUGAAAGUGCUGGAGUACCUCAACCAAGAAAAGGCUGAGAAGGGAAGGGAGCAUGUCACUCAGAGAGCCAUGGAAAACAUGUAAGCGGCUCUCACAACGCGCCCCAUCUCCCCUUUUCCCACCCCAAGCGAACCCCUUGGUUUCUCUUUAGUGUGUUGAUUCUCUGCUGUUCACACUGUACUAUCCUUUAAAUGAUGUACAGGCAGAUGGCUCCAGGUUGUUGGGGAAUCUGCUUCAUUUAAUCUGCGCUGUUCUCUUGUGUGUGGAUUUGUGUAAAUGUUACAACGCCUGGUUUAAAAUAAAUAAUAUUCUGUCCUUUAUUCAAGAAAGAUAUCUAUGAUAGUGUUUAAUAAUGUGGCAUUGCUAAUGUUCAUACAUGGUAAAGAGUGUCCUCUAAUUCUCUUGGAAGUUUUUAAUAUUUCUUGAACUAUUUUGUUACUGUCUGUAGUGUUUUU